AUAUUCUAAACGACAGACUCGUAGAUUUCCAUGAAAUAUAUUGCAAAACUGCUGACUAAUUUAUACUUAAGAUUUAUACAAAACCACAAAAUUUCGAGCAAUCUUAUCCAUUUCAACUCAAACACCACAAAUUACGCUUGACAAAAUUAAUAACCGGCUUGAAUCGUUAACCAUGAAAACUUUCUCGAGUUAUCUUAUCCUAUUUUCCAUCCAUAGUUUCGCCACUACGCAAAGGCCGACCCGUGCACCUUAUUUCAGUCCUCGUAACAGAAUAUUCAACAUUGGCGUACAGGGUGCGGGCUUACAAAAAGGCCAGCCUUUAGCUGGUGUUGAAAAUGGUCCAAGUUUCAUCAGAGGAUCUGGUUUCAUAAACGCUCUUCGGCAGCAAGGCCACAACGUUCUCGACUAUGGGGACAUUGAUUUUGGGUUUGCUUCGCCAGAACCUGCUCCAGCUAACCGAACGUCGACCGAAGUUGUCAAUGCUGCUGAGGUGUCCAACGCCAAAUUUAUGAUUUCUGCCCAAACCGCAAAAAUUGUUAGAGAAGGACGAUUUCCCGUCACUCUCGGCGGCGACCACUCUCUAUCAAUUGGGACUAUUCACGGAAUUUCAGAAAUUUAUCCAGAUUUUGCAGUUUUGUGGAUUGACGCUCACAGUGACAUUAAUACACCGGCAACCACACCUUCUGGGAACUUGCACGGAAUGCCGUUAUCUUUGGUCGUAAGAGAAUUACGAAAUCAAGUGCAGAGUCUUGCCGAAUUUUCUUGGAUAACCCCAAGAUUAUUCUCCUCAAAUCUGGCCUACAUUGGACUGAGAUACAGCAACAAUGGUGAAAGAGCGAUCAGACAACGGUUAGGAAUAAGCGAUUGGAAUAUGCGAGAUAUUGACCAACUUGGAAUUGUGGAGGUUGCACGACGAGCCAUAAGAAGAUUAACGCUAGGGAAAAGAGACAGACCAAUAUACAUCAGUUUUGAUAUUGAUUCCCUCGAUGAUUUAGAAAUCGGAGAAGCUACUGGAACACCCGUUCCUGGUGGCAUAUCCCUUUCUCAAGCCAUGACCCUGAUUGACCAACUUCAAGCACGGAGUAACAUUAUAGGAAUGGAGUUGACCGAGGUGAACCCAGCCUUGGGGGAUGUGAGGGGGCACAGACAUCUCGCAUUCGCCACCAGAUCAAUCAUUACGUGUGUUUUUGGUGCUUGCACUAAAGGCUUGAACUAGAAUAUAUGAGAAUCUACUAAAUUAACCAUAAAUUAUGAAUGAUACGUUGAAAAAUAUUAACCUCGUGGUAUUUUUGUACUAAAAAUGGACCAAAAUAGCUUUAAAUUACUUAUUUGCAACGGAUGCCAUCCAAUCUUUCCCAGCCCAACGAUGCAUGCACAUAUUUUUAAUUAAGGGUGAAAUGCAACCACCUGCCUGUAAGCUGUGUCGGCAAACAUGAAACAUUUCUGUAACUCGUAAUAUCCCUUUAUUUUUGGCAUCUGUGAAUAAUAAACCCUUUAUCAGUACAUGAUAAUAA